AUGUCUCGCUAUAUGAUCGAUGAAAAUUCUCUUUUAGAACAUCUGUUAGAUCAUGAACGAGAGCUGAUAUUUGGAAAAUCAAUAAAGAAUCGCAACAUUAAAUUGGUGCAUUUAAGACAUCUAACAGAUGCUGAUGAAGUGGCCGUGAGCAAUACAAAAGGCACCGCAAGACCGGUAACAAUAGAGGAAAAUGCUACACAAACACCAUCACGACGGGUGAAACGUGCUGACUCCGCGAGCUCUGCAGAACAGUUGAACGGCGCCCAACCAAGACAAGAGGUUUCCAUACAAAUACAAGAUAACGAACAUUUGGUAAAUUUAAAAUUGCGCCAAACGCCAAAGCUGAUCGACGAUGCGUUUAUCUUCAUUCGCCGCUAUGCAAAUUCCACUCAAUUCAUAGAGAAUUCACACAAAUUAGCUGAAAAAUACGAGCGAUGCUUCUACAGCAAUGAAAAUUCAGCACUUGACCUUUGCGAUGAUGAAAAUGUGCGAGGUGUUUUCAACCAUAACUCCACUGACUACAUUAUACAUCCUUUACCAGCAAGAUUUGGUAAUUCUACGCAUAUAAUACUUGAAAAAAGUGACAGAUCACCUAGUGAUCCUGAUAUAUUACCUAUUUCAAUAACGAAGUCAAUAGUAGAUUCGAAUAUUCAAUUCGAACCUGAUAGAGAUGAAUUUAAUGAUUUGAAUAUUAUCAAUAUAUCACAAGAAAUUGAUGUUGAAGAAACUUCCCGUCCUACACGCAACACUGAACAUUACGGACAAGAACAGCGCAAAAAUCGCUAUAACAAGCAACCACAGCAUAAAUAUUUGCAUUCCUCACAAAAUAAAAGUUUUUAUAAUUAUCAACAACUGCCACAGCAUCUAAGUUUUAGGCCGCGUUAUCAAAACGAUUAUCAUUUUCAUAAUAUAAAAUCUCGCCAACAUUCUAACAAGCAUAAACAUCAGAAGCAACUUAACAAUGCACAUCAUCAUAAUCACAGUCAUCAUUAUCAUCAGCAGCAGCAUCAACAACAGCAUAAGAGGCAUAAAACUCGUCGCAGGCGAAAUAUUAAUCAGUGGAUUCCAAAAGACUUGCAUAUUGAAACUGCAAUAUUCGUCGAUCGUGAGCUUUAUAAGCACAUGGCCAAGAACUAUCCCAAAAACACCGAGAGUCAUGUAAUGCGUUUUGUGCUAGCUAUGAUAAAUGCUGUGCAAUUGCUAUAUCAUCAUCCCACUCUGGAACGACGUAUAAAUUUUGUAUUAAAACGUUUGGAAAUACUUUACGUGGAUCCGAAGAAUUUGACACGUUCUAGUGACAUCGACACAUAUCUAAGUAAUUUUUGCAUGUGGCAAUCAAGCUUGAAUCCAAUUUCAGAUGAUGAUCCGAAACAUUUUGAUCAUGCAGUCAUUUUAACAGGCCUAGAUCUUUAUGUUCUUGACAAGAAGACAGGUAAGUCAGCAAGUCAGGUUGUUGGCUUGGCGCCAGUAAGUGGCAUGUGCUUACCAGAAUCGUCUUGUACGGUCAACGAGGGCAAGCACUUUGAUAGUGUGUAUGUGGUAGCACAUGAAAUUGGACACAACCUUGGCAUGCGUCACGAUUCGAAUGAAAAAAGUUGCGAUCCCAAUACAUAUAUAAUGUCCCCUACAUUGGGCAGCGGCAAGACAACCUGGUCAAAAUGUUCGCGAGAAUAUUUAAACAUAUUUUUAAAAUUGAAACAGUCUAAGUGCCUAUUCGAUCGCGGUCAGUUUAUCAAUAAUUUAGAUCACUCAGCUGAGGGAAUGCUUCCAGGCGAACGUUUUGAUGCUAGCCAGCAAUGCAUGCUGAAAUACGGUGUUGAAGCAGAACGUGCAUUAUCGCAGGAAUUUUCUGAUGUGUGUCGUGAUUUACAUUGUCAACGCGAUCGUUAUACUUGGACUUCACAUCCCGCUUUAGAAGGCACUGAGUGUGGUUUAAAUAUGUGGUGUCGAAAUGGAGUUUGUGUCAAAAGGUCAUCAUUGUUCGGGUCUUCUAAUGCGCCAAGAGAAUAUGCCCUCUCAAGUAAAUUAGGUUAUGAAAAAUCUAACUUCUUAGAGUCCAAUAAAAUGGGCCAUUUAAUGCAGGACUAUAACUACAACAAAUUACCAAUUUGGUCGGAAUGGGGUGAAGCUAGUGAAUGUGAUUCUGGUUGUUUGUUUGGAUCUUCGAAUCGUUUGCUUGACGGCAGCACAGGUUUAAAAACUUUUACAAGGAGUUGCUUAAACUAUAGGCGGAGAUGUUCCGGACGUGAUCGUAAGUUUGAAUCAUGUGCUGCAAAACUUUGUCACAGUAUCGCAAUUACAACAAUUGACGCUUUUGCCACGGAAAUUUGCGAAAAGGCAAACAAAUUUGAUUCUGAUUUGACAGGCGUCGGACAACAGAUUGUUGGGGACUUUGAGGAAUCGUGUAAAGUCUUUUGUAAAACAAAAUCAAAUGGCACAAAAUCAAGAAGUUGGCUAUUCCCUGAUGGCACAACUUGCAAAUCGAGUCACUAUAGUCCCAAUGAUAUUUCGUAUUGCAUAGCUGGACGUUGUGAAAAGUUUUCGUGCGAUAAUUCCACGAAUAAUUAUUACAAACUGGAUGCCAAAUUUUGCCAACGUCCACCGCAACCGGCUGUAGAAAAUGAGACUAAUCGCAUUAGUAAUUAUAAUACCAUACAAACACAAAUGCGAUAUGCAGAGAGAGAGCGAGAUAUCUUUAACCGAAAUAAUAUAAAUAGAGACCCAGGAAGAUUUUAUGGAUCCACAAAUUUACGAAAUAAAUAUGAAAAUGAGGUUGCAGUACGAAAUUCUCAACAAGAACAGUAUUAUAGAGCUAAAUCAGAACCAUAUCAACAGUGGAACAAGUAUAAUUAUCACCAUUCAUAUGAACAACCGUCCAUGCCAGUAUCGGCUUCUUUGGUUUCAGCAACUGUACUUGAGUCUGAAUGGAUUGUGAAAUCAGGUUGUCACUCAAGUUGCAUAGCCAAUUCAAAGGGUGUGCAAGUAGUCACUUCAAGAAGAACGGGCGUGAGAAAUAUACAAUUAUGUACACAUAAAAUAAAGCCGUGUGAACGUUUGCUUACGCCCGCUGAGUUUGCAGAGAAUACAUGUAGUCGUUAUAAACUUAAAGUACGUGGCUUAUCUGGUCAUGGCACACAAAUAGCAGCAAGUAUUAACGAGCCCGAUCGUAGCUGCAGAGUUGGCUGUCAAGACGAAUUUAUUAAAUAUCGCUUCUACUUGGUCAAUGGUAAAUAUGGACAUUUCCCGUUGGGUACUAAGUGCUCCAACACCGAGGAACGUUAUUGCGUUAAUGGUAAAUGUUUAGAAUUUGGACCAAACAACAUACCACAACAACAAUCCCACAUCAGUUUGGCUCUAUUUCGUAAUAGACGUUCAGUUGAUAGUAAGAGCAUACGCAGACAUAAACGUAGUUUUCUGUACUACGAUCCUGUAAAUAUAACGGAGACUCUUACGCAGGACUUUAUUAAUAAUAUUGUCAACUCAAUUAUUGCUGUUGAAAACACUAAUAAUUUAGAUGAAAAUUUAACAGACGAUCACAUCGAAUUUACAAAUCCAAUUCACAUAUCGACAGAUGAACUGAACAUGGAAUGAUAUUUGCUACGUUUAUUGUAGCAUUUUUCCAUUAAUCACAUUAAUAACCAUUAGUUAGGCGCUUAUAUUUAAAUUAAUUAAUGUUUUAUUGAAACAAUUUGA